GUCGUGCGCGCUCUCCGCGCUCGGCUCGGGCCUGCUGGUGGCCACGCACGCCCUGUGGCCGGACCUGCGCAGCCGGGCGCGGCGCCUGCUGCUCUUUCUGUCGCUGGCCGACCUGCUGUCAGCCGUCUCCUACUUCUACGGGGUGCUGCAGGACUUCUCGGGCCCCUCGUGGGACUGCGUGCUGCAGGGCGCGCUCUCCACCUUCGCCAACACCAGCUCCUUCUUCUGGACCGUGGCCAUCGCCCUCUACUUGUACCUCAGCAUCGUGCGCACCACGCGCGGACCCGGGUCCCACCGCCUGCUCUGGGCCUUCCACAUCGUCAGCUGGGGGGUCCCACUGUCCAUCACCGUGGCAGCCGUCAUCCUGAAGAAGAUCGGCUAUGACGCCUCCGACGUGUCCGUGGGCUGGUGCUGGAUCGACCUGGAGGCGGAGGACCGCGUCCUGUGGAUGCUGCUGACGGGGAAGCUGUGGGAGAUGCUGGCCUACGUCGCGCUGCCGGUGCUCUACCUGCUCAUCAGGAAGCACAUCAGCAGGGCGCACCAGGCGCUCUCGGAGUACCGGCCCAUCCUGUCCGAGGCGCACCGGCUCCAGCACCACAGCUCCAUGGCUGACAAGAAGCUGGUUCUCAUCCCGCUCAUCUUCAUUUGCCUUCGGGUCUGGAGCACCGUGCGCUUCGUCCUGACCCUCUGUGGCUCCCCGGCCGUGCAGACCCCGGUGCUUGUCGUUCUGCAUGGAAUCGGGAACACGUUUCAGGGAGGCGCCAACUGCAUCAUGUUUGUCCUCUGCACCCGCGCUGUGCGGACGCGGCUCUUCGCGCUCUGCUGCUGCCGCCCUUCCCAGCCUCCCGCCGAGAGCCUGGCCGGCCCGCCCAAGGCCUCUGCGGGGGACUCAGGGACCCAUGUGGGCCCCGAUGAGCUUCCACACACCUGAGCUCUUCCCUUCCCAGUUCUGGGCGUGGGUGCUGCCUCCCUGGGACAGGUGGCUCUGAGUCUCUCUGCAGGGAGUGGACCGGGACGCCUGCGGCACUGGAAGCCUUCUGCCGUCGAAGCUGUCCCGACACCGUGGAGCGGCGGCUGCGAGCUCAGCUUCUUCUACCUCCUCGACCCUCAGGCAGCGCAUGUCCACUCACACCCGUGUCCUGCUGCACUCGGGUGUCUGUCUGCAUGAGGGUUGGCCAUGAGAUUCAGGGACAUCAGUGGCACUUGAUCACUGCCAGGUUGCCUUGUGGGCCGGUGGCCAUCGCCGCUGGCCCACGCAGCACUGUUUACAUUUGAGGACCCACACCGGUGGGAAAAGCGUGAAGAGCUAUGUACACUAUUUCCCCGUCCUAAAUAAAAUGUCAGGGGGACCAGAGAGGUGGCCCCCACCUAGAAACCACGGAGCAGAUUCCCUGUUUGUCAGGGCGAGGGCUUUCCCCAGAGAGCAUGGCUUUCCUGGGAGAGCUUUGCUAGUCAACAAGAGCCCUGGUUACCUUUCACCAGGUGCCCCGCGGUUUCCUGGUGGAUGCCGUGAGUGUAGCCAGCAACUGCUCAGGGCAGCCGGCCUCCUUGGAAGCUCCCCAGUUCGCUGUGGGUUGCCAGCCUUCGGUGUAGAUUGCAUUUGAGUUUCAAGCCCAGGCCAGAAUUCAGACUCCUGCCUCCACCAGUCACUUCAAAUACAGGCUCCCUCCUCCAGGGCUGCGGCUGGAGCAGGAAUAAGAAAGGCCAUUGCGGGGCCUCCUGCCGAUGUCCCGUCCCCGUGUCCCGUUCCGCCCCCCCCAGUCUCGGGUGUGCACUGUGAACACUGGCAUGGGGCUGCGUUGGGAGCAGGUUUGGCCUGUUCACUGCCUAGUUUAAUUUUCAUAGGAAAGGUGACCAUUCAGUGGUCCAAAUAUUGAUUCCUCUCUGACAGUGAAGGUUUGGGAGUUGGUUGGGGGAAGUGACAUAUGGGUCACAGGUGAUUAUUUAUGUUUAAUAGAUAAAGGAUUUAAAAUAAGCAUCUGUGUCUCUCUAUUCUGAGGCUCUCUCACCAGCCCUUUUAACUUUCUCUAUGAAGUCACAGAAGCCGCUGGCUAAGAACAGGAGUUGUGAAUGUCACCUCCAGAGCCUGGGAGUGGGUGGGGGGGCACAGAGGAAAGUACAACUUUACCUGAUAGGUGUCCCUCCCUUGGGUUCCGUGACAACUAUGCAAAACUGCAAUGAUUUUCAGAACCUAUAAAAACAGUUCUAGGUUAAAACCAAAGCCACACCACACAGUGGAUUUCUCUUCUAUCCUGAACAGUAAAAUUGUAACAGGAAGAGACUCUUCACAGGAUAGUCAUCUGCAGAACUAGUCCAAAAUGCUCAUUUUCAGUUUCCUUUAAAAGUUUCUUUAUGAAAAUCAGCAAGAGGUAAACACCCUCUUAGGAUUCAAAGGAUGCUCUGGGUUGCACUACGGGAGGCUCGUCAGUCCGGCAAUCUCCUUACAGAACCGGCCUGUGUAAGGGGCAUUCAGGAUUCCCCUAAAGAUGUUACAGCAGGUCACGGCACAUAGCUGGCCAAGACCCUCACAUCAGCUUCUAGAGUGGAGCAGAAAUUCAGGAAGCUGCUUGCUGCAAAAAAGAAAAUGAUUCACAGCCGAGGUUCAGAUUGGCCACAGAGGAAUGCUACUAAGAUAAGUCCUGCUCAGAAGGGGGCCCCGGAGUCCUUGGCUUGCAGGGCCUGGGGACCUGGCCUCCUUGGGGCCAGUCCGACCUGAGUCCCCCCAGACAGGCUGCAGUCAGAAAUGGCCGGCAGAGGGAGCCAGGGGCCCACAGAAGAGCAUCUCGGUGCUCGGGCGCCCUCAAGGUCUCAUUCCACUUGUUUGAUGCCACUGCUGUUCUGUCUGCUUCUGGAAAAACCUCCCAGCAGUUCCACCUGGGUAUUUCCAUCGCAGCGUCCUCUGCUGCCCACCCGGCUCUGCAGCGGGUGAGGGUGUUAGUGUGAGUGGUGGAGAUUGUGUGUGUGUUGGGGGGGUGUCUUGUCCUAAUGCUGGGGCCCGAGGCCAGGGGCCAACGUUGAAAACAGCAUCGCCUCUUUUUUAGAGCCAUCCUGCUGGCUGCGUGGAGCUCAAAACUGGAGGAUGUGAGGCUUGUGAAGGUGUGUGGGAAUGAAGUCACAUGAUGGGGGAGCCCAGGGGUGCAGGCAGGUGCUCUGAGCAGGUGAACACAGCUGUGUUCCUUCUACACUGUCUCCUCUCAGUGUCAUUAAUGUUAUCCACCUUCAUCCCUCAGUUCCAGAUGUGUAUCCUCAGCUGGAACAGAUGCUGUGGUCUCAGACACCCUCUGAACCUUGGUCUCUUUUUUCACUAUUAUUCUUUGUUUUAAUCCUCACUUGAGGAUAUGUUCCCGAGGAUGUUUUUUAUUGAUUUUUAGAGAGAGGAAGGG